UGCCGGAGACCAAAACUCCCCGACGCUGAGCCUCACUAGCCUUGUCAGGCCACCCAGAAUCCGUUAAUAGGCGCCGAGGUUCAUGCAUUAUGAUGCAUGACAUGUUUCGAGACUCGUUCGGAGCCGAGAUUUAUACCCGUUAUGGCCUAUACUGGACAUAUCGUUGUGCUUGCGAGAGUAUUUGUGCAAGCAAUGCCGCCCUCUGACAUGCUCACACGACCGCCUUAAGAGACUUCAAGUCUUGGUCUGUGGCAACCUGUACCUCAGACCCCAAACAAUUGUAUGUCCAAAGAUUCAAGCCUUGGCUAGUGCACUCAAAGUAUGGCGAGACACACUUCUGGCUGUCGAAACUGCGUCGUUCGUCGUGUCCGAUGUGACGAAAGGAGACCGCGUUGUCUGAACUGUGAGAAACGGAAAAUCGAGUGCAACGGACCAAGACAAGGUGCCCUCUUCGUCAACAAAGACACCGAAGACUUGUGUGCGCUGGAAAAGAGCAAGCCUCGGAAAGGGAGCAAAGAGUCCACGGAGAUCACGAUUGACAGAUCGUCCUACUAUGUACUGGAUGUUCCUGUCAGUCCCCUGACCCCUAUACGAAGGGGCUUCGACUGGGCAAACAAGAGCAGCCCGGACACUCACAUAUGCCACCUCCGCUGGCAAAUCAACGAGCGUGACAAACCAUGGGUUGGAUACUGUCUGGAGCACCAUGGUGAGUACCCUAUAGCGGAUAUUGCAAUAGAAGCUCUCGCUGCAGCCUUCUACCGCAAUCGCUACCACCACAAGACCUCCGGCGACAUUGCCGCAAUCAAAUAUGGACAAGCUCUUGCUGCUCUUCGCUUGGCCUUAGAAAGUCACGGAGAGGGACAAGAUCUCUUCGACAUCCUUGCCACCACCAGUGCGCUCAACCGGUACGAACUCGUUAUUGGCACGAUGAACCACAACUGGAUACGGCAUGCAAGCGGUAUCAGUCGAGUCAUUGAGCUUGCUGGGCCGGAGCACUUUCGCACAUAUCCUAACAAGCUCAUCCUCGAAUCGAAUCGCUUUCGAAUCAUCCAUGAGGCGUACUUCCACCGCCGGCCGACAUAUUUGGAAAAGAAGGAGUGGAGUGAUCUGCGGUCAGAUCUAGACCCGAUGUCAACGAUGUUUGUCAAGCUCGAAGAUGCAUUCUGCGUUCUGACAAGGGUGACAUCUGAGAUAUCGAACUUCAUGAAAGAUGACAUUCUUGAUCUGGAUUGGGACCGGCACCGAGACAUUUCCGCGAGACUUCAACAGCUGCUAGCUAAUCUCGAUAUCUGGAAAGAAACAUGGAUCACUCGGUUCAAAUUCGAGGCGACUGCAAAAGCCCUCAAAGGCGAGAGGAAGGCCUUCUACACCGAUGACAACGGCCUCGUGUUCCAAAGCUCUCUUCAGUAUCCCAAUCAGAGAGCUGCGCUGGGGCUGAACAUGUACCGGUCCCUCAAAGUCACGGCACUGGAGUGGAAAUACAAACUCGAGCAUCCAGACUGUCAGUCGCCAACAACAUCAAAAGAGGAUAUGGGUGAUAUGGUCGAAGCGCGCAUCUUGGCUGGGGAGAUCUGUCGGAGCUUACAUUGUCACUUUGACGAGACGGACAAGUGGGAGGUCCUUGCUCCUUUUCAUUUAUUGUUCGCCGCAGCCGUGGCAAGGAGAACGUUCCAGCCAAGAUCGCGCGAGGCGCAGUGGCUUUGCCGAUUGCUGAACCAAGUGGCUGAUCGGAGCGGAUUUGAAAUCGCGCGGAGUAUUGCUAAGAUGCACGAUCAUCGCUGGGGAGAUCCUGAUUGCCGAAGGGGUGUACGAAAUGUCCUUGAUCGGGAUGCGCCUCGACGUGCUCCGUAUAUGACAGACUGAAGUAUGAAGUAUCAAUUGAAUAGCCGGGCUAUGGACGGCUAAAAUCGGCUAUGGCGUUCACUAUGAGCGACUGAACUCUGUUUGAACUCUCCUUGGACCCUGUUCCGUUCACACAUGGCGAAGAUUGUGAAUCAGAUGCUGUUCUGCCGUGAAGGUACAUACCGUCCCCCGUGGCUAUCGGUCUAUCGGCGUUGCAACGAUGCGAGACUCGCGCUCACGAAACGACGGCUUACCAAGUACCAUGGCCGUAGAGUUUGAAGUAGUCAUCCUGUACCGUGCACCUCAAUGUAUAAAAGGACAGUUAGGCACGGCCACAUCUCGCUUCUGUCUGCAUCGCUCAUAGCAUCAUCCCGACA